AGACUUCAGCAGCAGAACAGCUCGAGUGGACCGACACCGGAGGGAGGAGCCCCGCCCCCCCGGCGCCCCCCCGGCGGAGGAGGAGUUAACCAUCACACCCAUGUGGUGAAGCAGGAGGUUUGACGGGGGGGGGGCAGGGGGAGGGGGGCAGCAGCCUGUCUCCAACACCUGCACCAGGUCACAGAUCCUCUCUUCUCUCCCGUGGACGGAGCGGCGCGUCGUCACUGCGCGUCCCGGGGAUGGCUGCUGCUCCGCGGGGUGAAGCUUCCUGAGCGCGGCACGGAGCAGGACCACAGCUCGGCCUGGCUCCAGCCACAGGGAUUCUCUCGCUCUUCUUUCUUCUUUUGGAAUUCGUGGAACGGACCAAUCGGACCGCGCGGCUCCUGCGCGGCGCAGCUCGAGGCGCAUUACGCGGGGACGCGCAGAGGAGCGAGCGGCGGCGGAGCCUCGAGCACCGGAGAGGAGCGAAGGUGGAACAUUGAACUUCCUCCGGUUUAACUUUUAACUCUGAACGGCCUGUUCCUGUUACUGUGUCCCGGAGAGGAGGAGGUUCUUCUUCUGGAGCUCCCGCUCACAGAUUUAGAUCUCUGUGCUUCUACCUGCAUGACUGUUACCAUGACAGCGUCUGGAGCCCAGCUCCUCCUGUUGGCCCUGUGUGUUUGCCGAGGCUCCGGCCUGCAGCAGUCUUCUCCGAGGGUUCGACUCUCCUUCAAAGAGCUGAUGGACACUCGAGCGGCUCGACCCUUCAGCUUCUCCUUCAACACCAGCGACUACCGCAUCCUGCUGAUGGACCAGGACCAGGGCCGCCUGUACCUGGGCAGCCGCGAGUACCUGGUGGCGCUGGACAUGCACAACGUCAACAAGGAGCCACUCAUAAUCCACUGGCCUGCGUCUGCGAAGAGAAAGGGAGAAUGUCAGAUGACAGGAAAGGGACGACAGGGGGAAUGUGCCAACUUUGUGAGGCUGAUCGAGCCGUGGAACCGCACCCACCUGUACACCUGUGGGACGGGGGCGUACCAGCCCAUCUGCACCUUCAUCAACCGCGGCUGGAGGGCGGAGGACUACCUGUUCAGGCUGGUCCCCGGGUACGUGGACUCAGGGAAGGGAAAAUGUUCCUACGAUCCCACGCAGGAGAACAUCGCAGUUCUGAUCAAUGGAAACCUCUACGCAGGCGUCCACAUCGACUUCAUGAGCACAGACGCCGCUCUGUUCCGGACCAUGGGAGGGAGGACGGCCAUCAGGACGGAGCAGUACGACUCCAGGUGGCUCAACGAGCCGGUGUUUGUUCAGAUCCAGCAGAUCCCUGACAGCGCGGAAAAGAACGACGACAAGCUCUACUUCUUCUUCCGAGAGAAGAGUCUGGACUCCAGCGGCGGGGCGAGUCCCAGUGUCUUAGCUCGGGUGGGACGAGUGUGUCUGAACGAUGAAGGAGGACAGAAGUCUCUGUUGAACCGCUGGACCACCUUCCUGAAGGCUCGACUCGUCUGCUCGGUGAUCGGCGACGACGGAGUGGAGACGCGGUUCGAUGAACUGCGGGACGUGUUCAUUCAGCGCACACAGGACGAGCGAAGCCCGAUGGUCUACGCUCUCUUCACCACCGCGGGCUCCGUGUUCAAGGGCUCAGCGGUCUGCGUCUACUCGAUGGCCGACAUCCGCAACGUCUUCAACGGACCGUUUGCCCACAAGCAUGGACACAACUACCAGUGGACAGAGUACACGGGCAAGAUCCCCUACCCCCGGCCCGGGACGUGUCCAGGAGGAACCUUCACUCCCGGCAUCCGCUCGUCCAAGAACUUCUCAGACGAGGCCGUGGACUUCAUCAGGGCCCAUCCCCUCAUGUUCCACCCCGUGUACCCGAUCCACCGCCGCCCCCUGGUGGUGAGAACCGGCGUGGACUACCGCUUCACUGCCCUGGUGGUGGACCAGGUGGACGCCGUGGACGCGCGCUACGAGGUGCUCUUCCUCGGGACAGACCGAGGAACUGUGCAGAAAGUGAUCGUUCUGCCGAAGGACCCGUUCAGCAUGGAGGAGCUGACUCUGGAGGAAGUGGAGGUUUUUCGGUCCAGAGCUCCUGUCAAAACCAUGAAGAUAUCAUCUAAAAGACAACAGCUGUACGUGUCGUCGGACGCCGGGCUGACUCAGGUGUCGCUGCACCGCUGCGGCGUGUACGGCCGGGCCUGCUCCGACUGCUGCCUGGCCCGGGACCCCUACUGCGCCUGGGACGGGGAGAGCUGCUCCGCCUUCACCCCGUCCACCAAGAGGAGGAGCAGGAGACAGGACGUCAAACAUGGCGACCCGCUGAGGCAGUGCAGAGGCUUCAACGCCAAGGUGGAGAAACGUCUGAGAGAGACGGUUCAGUUCGGGGUGGAGGGCAGCAGCACGUUCCUGGAGUGUCAGCCUCGUUCUCCUCAGGCCUCCGUCAAGUGGCUGUUCCAGAGGGAAGGGAAGAGGAAAGUGGUGAGGAAGAGCAGUUUCAUGUUGGAAAGAAAUUCAUACCACUUGCUCAGCCGAGUGGGCGGAGUCCUGAAGACCAACCACGGCAUCCUCCUGAAGUCUCUCAACCAAUCAGACGCAGGCCUCUACCACUGCCUCGCCACCGAGAACAACUUCAAACACACGGUGGCCCGCGUGGCGCUGCGCAUCCUGGACCGGGACAUCGUCCUGGCCCUCACCGCUCGGGACGAGGACGAGGAGCCCAACCUCCGCCAGGCGGGACCUCACCCGCAGUCGCCCUUCGUCUCCACGCCGUUCCCGCCCGAGAUCAGACUGAUCAACCAGUACUGCCAGUCGUACUGGGACCAGCUCAGUCCCAAGCAGCAGCAGCAGCAGCAGCGCAAGCGCACCAGCCGCAGGCACACGGAGAGCCAGGACCCGGGCCUGGGCUAGAGGACGGGACGGGACGGGACGGGCCGCCGUCAGCACCGGGCCUGCUCUGGACUGUAAUGGUGGACUUUUAUGUUUGACAUGCAUGUUUGGUUGUUACCGCCGGUCGCCAGGCAGGUGAUGAACCGGUCGUGCUGUCGUUGAAGAACUAUAUCCGUGGUUUUGCUUCUGUACAUUUUACAUCACUGACGACACUUUUCAAGAAAAAACAGUUUGUUUCUUUCAGGUCUUAUUUUGAAAUCCACUUCACACUUACUAUCAUUCAGAUUGUUCUCAGACGCUUCACGUCACGUCGCUGCUCGCAGGAAGUGUCAGUGAUGACGUGUAAAUCUCUGAGGGAGAUCAACUCUUCACAGUGCAAGAAACUCAAAUUGUCCUGUAGAUUUGCUUCCAUGACAGUUUCUGCCGUUGAUCGUUAAAUGUCAAGGACGAGUCUUCAGAACACGACUGGGUCACCAGGCAUCUAUGACGUUACUGUCUUUGGAAAAUGUCGGUCUGUGAUGUAAAGUAAAAGUCAACACGUAGUUAUGAGGCUACAACACGCAAAACCACACUUAUGGUCCUUUUUAAGUAUCUUUGAAAAAUGUAAUAUAUUGAUUGUGAAUAUAAUAUAUAUGGUCAUUGGAUUAACUCUUGUUCUGUAUGAGGAUGACAUGAUGAUGUGUUGCAUGCGUAUCUGUUGUUGUUGUUUGUUGCCAGUUGUACAUUUUACUGUUCUAUUUUCAACCUCGACGUGUUGCGAUGUUCGUACGGUGUAAUGUUCUCUGUCCAGCUGAUUCCAUUGGAUGUUGUCGGGUAAUGACUACGUACUGUCCCGUCCUGUCCCGUCUUGUCCCGUGUUGCCCCUUCCCUACCCGUCCCGUCCCGUCCCGUCCUGUCCCGUCCUGUCCCGUCUUGUCAGAUCCCGUCCCGUCCCGUCCCGUCCUACAGUAUGUGAGUGAUUCAGAUAUGUGUUGUUAUUAUACAGUGUUUUUCUUCCAGUUAUGCACUUUUGUCGGUGGCGGUUUUUAGAGGGAAUCGGGGAUCUUUGCACAGAUGUUUGAGAAAUUGAAACAGGAACAUAGUUUUUCGUGUACAGUAUGUUAUUAGUGAAACGGGAUCGAGUGGCGGCGUUCUGUCAUAAGCUGUAUUUACUUGUUUUUUUAAAUGGAAGCACAAGGAACCGUCCGAGCCACCGUUCACCUUCACGUGACAUGCUCAUCAACCCCACACUGGAAAUGUUUGAACAAAUAUAUAAACAUUUCAGAAUUCCCUUGAAUGUGUCCUUUAUAUUGAAUUACAUGUUUAUUCCAUCAGCUCGUGUACAAGUCAUAUUCCUGUUUCUAACAACAUAAAAUCACAGUUGUACUUAUUAAAAGACCUCUGCAUCACUCGU